AUGACCGACAACUCUGCCAUGGCCGCGACAUCAGCGUUUCGCCUGAUGGACCUUCCACCCGAGAUACGCAACCGCAUUUUCUCGUACGCUCUCCCCGGCAAAGGCAACAACACCCUCAAUCGCAAUGUGGCUAACUUCCGCUUUCCAGCCCUCUCUCGCGUCUCUCGCGAAGUGAGGCGGCAAACCCUCCCUAUCUUUUUCGCCGAGUUCGACUUCGUCUUCAAUGUCGGCACGAACGUCACGUCUCUUUCUGACGACAACCAGGAGGUGGCAUGUCACGAGACCAAGUUGGCGGGUACUCUCGGGUUUCUGCCUCAGGUCCAGCGCUUCAUCACAGACGCUGGACAAGCCGCAGUCUUCCGCAAAGUCACCGUGUACGUUCAGAAGGCGAGCUUCACCGAGUACACGCGCUACACGCCUGACCAAACUCGCUGUUUCACACUGUUUCGGCUAACACUUGAUGUCAAGUACGGGCAUGUGCGAAUCGAGGUUCUUGAGGGCACCGAGCACCCGCGCAACAUCAAGCGAAAGCUGGAAGAGGGUGAGCUAGAGGCUGUUGAUAAGAUGAUUGAGAGCGUGGCUGCGAGGUUAGCGGAGAUUGAAUCCCGCAAGGACUUCAAGGGGCUGACGUUGAAGGAUUUGAGACAGAUCGCGAAGGGGUUCCGUGUUGAGAAUCAGUAG